AUAUAAAAAGAACUAUUAUUUUGCCCCCCUCAACGCUCAAACAAAUCCAAAACUAAUUACCAAAAAUUUAAAAAUAAAAACCCAGUAAGUGACUCAGGUCAGGUUCAGUUCACACCCAUUAAUCAUCCUUCUUCUCAUUCACUUCUCCAAAAAGGUUCACUAAUAUGAAGAACUAAUAACUCGGUGCAGAACCAGCUCAGUAACUCGGUCCACAAGAAGAUGGGUGGAGUGACGUCAUCAAUGGCAGCAAAGUUAGCCUUCUUCCCUCCCAACCCACCAUCCUACAAGCUCGUGAAGGAAGAAGCAACGGGGCUGUUACUCAUGGACUUAUUUCCACACCGUGAAAACGUUGAAGUUCUCAAGUUCCCAAAUCGCCGUGGAACUGAGAUCGUGGCCAUGUACGUUCGACACCCCAUGGCCAAAUCCACCAUUCUUUAUUCGCAUGGUAAUGCCGCAGAUAUUGGUCAGAUGUAUGAGCUCUUCGUCGAGUUGAGCAUCCACCUUCGUGUUAAUCUCAUGGGAUAUGACUACUCUGGCUAUGGACAGUCAUUGGGGAAGCCAAGUGAGCAUAAUACUUAUGCUGACAUUGAAGCUGCAUAUAAGUAUCUUGAAGAGAACUAUGGUGCUAAGCAGGAAGACAUCAUCCUUUAUGGUCAAUCUGUUGGAAGUGGUCCUACUUUGGAUCUUGCUGCCCGUUUACCCCGACUAAGGGCUGUUGUUCUCCACAGUCCUAUACUAUCAGGGUUGAGAGUCAUGUACCCUGUAAAAAGGACAUACUGGUUUGACAUUUAUAAGAACAUUGAUAAGAUUCCAUUGGUGAAGUGCCCAGUGCUAGUAAUUCAUGGAACUGCAGAUGAGGUUGUUGAUUGCUCUCAUGGCAAGCAGUUGUGGGAGCUGUGUCAACAAAAAUAUGAACCUUUAUGGCUCAAACUAGGAAAUCACUGUAAUUUGGAACUCUUUCCAGAAUACCUUCGACAUCUGAGAAAAUUUAUAUCAACAGUGGAAAAGUCGCCAUCACAAAGAAUGAGUUUCAGGAGAAGCAUAGAUAGAGUUGAACAAUCCAGAGGAAGCACCGAUUGCUUCGAAACGCCAAGGAAGAGUACUGAUCAGAGAGACAAACCAAGGAAAAGUACUGAUAGGACAGAAAAGCUUAAAUAUCAUGAAUUCAAAUUCAACAAUGGUGAAAAGUUAGAAAAGUUUAGAGUCCAAUUUGAUCAGAUGGAGAGAUCACGAAGAAGCGUGGAGUACAACGAUAAAUCGAGAGGCAUUGAGUUCCAAGAUAAGUCCAGGAGAAGUGUUGAUGUUCAAUUUGAGAGGCCACGGAAGAGCAUUGAUUGGCUGGAUAGAAUUCGAGCUAGCUAAACAAUCUCUUGGAGCAUAUGCAACGUUGGUACUGGGUUUGUUACAUGCAAGGAAAAGGUACAAAAAUACAGAUACAGUUAUUUACACUGGGGUUAUAACUUAUGGUUUGCAGAAUGCAUAUGUUACUCUUGCAGUUUCAUACUUCCAUUGCAAUGUUCAUGUAGAUUUGCAUAUGUUGGGAUUUGAUAUUCUUAGUUUUAUUAUAUUAUUAUUUUCUAUUGAAGCGACUCUAACCUUGUUUCAGUCAUGAGAAAGAAAAUGAACCUCAUGUCAAGGGUGCCAUUGCUAUGAUUAUAUAUAUAUAUUCACAUGAAUUGAAUAUUCUUAUUUAUUUUUGC